GCAAGGCGAGGUCACAGAGCUCACCACCUCCUCCGAGCAGUCUAUCGCGGCGGUGGUCCAUAGUUCGGCGUCUCUUACCCCCUCGACACAGCUAAGCGUAUACGCCGCCCCCCCCCCCACACACACCAUGGCCGUAGCAGGACUCCGCCGCUGCGCGCUGGCGCUGCUGCUGCUGGCGCAGGCCGCGCAGGCCAAAAACUACUUUAACCAGUCGGCGGGCUACGUGAUCGAGAUCAACACGGACGACUGGAGCAACUACGACUCGAACGGCGGCUGCGUGACGUGCCCGUACACGUGCAUCGCCCCCACGGAGAGCUACGACGGCACCACCAUCAACUCGAGCAACACGACGCAGACAGCGUCGCUGCCCUCCAUCUACACGCAGGUCAAGAGCAACGGCUGCUGCUACGCGUCGUCGGCCACGACGCAGCCCUCGUGCUCGAGCGAGGCCAGCCCCUCGACAGCCGAGAACUGCGGCUUCCUCUUCGGCCCCACGCUCGAGUGGCGCAUCAACAACGCACUCAAGCCGCUGAGCGACAGCAUGACCGCCAUCCUCUUCGCCUCGACCGACUGUGAGAGCUUCUGGGCCGUGGGCAAGCAGGACAUCCGCUACACGAGCAACACCAGGAGCAUCAAGGGCUCCAAGAUGAUCCAGCACGGCUGCUACGGCGACCCGGAAGGCACGCCCAUGGUGCUCAGCGGCUGCCUCACGAGCAUGCUCGAGUACUCCAAGACCAAGACGUACACGUGGAAGAACCUGGCCGAGAAGUGCGAGGGCCUGGCCGGCCGCUGCGUCAUCACGAACGCAGUCUGGGAGGAGCACCUCGAGUGCUGCACGUCCCGCACGGGCCUGGCCUCGGACUGGGACACGACCUACGAGACGUACACCAAGACGCCGGUCAAGACCACGACGCUCAGCGGCGCCGCCAUCACGGGCAUCGUCAUCGGCGGCGUGGCGCUGCUCAUGUGCCUCAUCCACUUCGGCGCCAAGGUGCGCGAACGCGCUCGCCAGACGGCUCUGAUGCGCGAGCAGGAGGCCACGGACGACUACGAGGAGAUCAUGACGCCGCUCACGACGGCCGACAAGCAGCCCGUGGCGCUGCAGCGCCCCAUCGGCCCGGCCAGCCUCGACGUCUCGCUCCACGAGGGCGACCAGAUCUACCGCAAAAAGGACGACGAGGUGCUUUUCGAGGGCGACAUGUACUAGGUUUUCCAUAUCCCUCCCUCAGGACAGUGCAAUGUCGUUUGGAAUUGCUGCUCGUCUCGAUCAAAAAUUCAUCCCUAUU